UUCUUUGGGCCAGUCCCCAGUCCUUGGGGGCUAAUGCUGUAAGUCGGCAAAUAUGGACACAGCGCACAGUGCCCCGACGGCGGGCAAGUUCGUGGUGGUCGGCGGCGGCAUCGCUGGGGUCACCUGUGCGGAGCAGUUGGCUGUUCAGUUUCCAUCAGAAGAGAUCCUCCUGGUAACAGCUUCUCCAGUUAUUAAAGCAGUUACAAAUUUUAAGCAGGUUUCUAAAACACUGGAAGAAUUUGAUGUUGAAGAACAACUAAGUACCGUGCUAGAAAAGCGCUUUCCCAACAUUAAGGUUAUAGAAUCUGGCGUGAAGCAACUAAAGAGUGAAGAGCAUUGCAUUUUAACAGAAGAUGGCCAUCAGCAUGUAUAUAAGAAGCUUUGUCUGUGUGCUGGAGCUAAACCAAAGCUGAUUUGUGAAGGAAAUCCAUAUGUGUUAGGGAUCCGCGAUACAGACAGCGCUCAGGAAUUUCAGAAAAAGCUUGUUACAGCUAGAAGAAUAGUAAUCAUAGGAAAUGGUGGUAUUGCACUUGAACUAGUGUAUGAAGUUGAAGGCUGUGAAGUAAUUUGGGCCAUUAAAGAUAAAGCUAUUGGGAAUACUUUCUUCGAUGCAGGGGCAGCUGAAUUCUUGAUAUCAAAGCUCACUGCUGAAAACCCAGAGGCUAAAAUUGCACAUAAAAGAACCAAAUAUACAACUGAAGACAGGAAGAAGAAAGGAGAAACAACAGUGAAUGCCGACAGUCUGGGCAGUGCUUUGGGGCCUGACUGGCACGAAGGCUUGAAUCUUAGGGGAACAAAAGAGUUUUCUCGUAAGAUUCACAUUGAAACUGUGUGUGAAGUAAAAAAAAUCUACCUUCAGGAAGAAUUUAGAAUUUCUAAGAAAAUGUCUUUAAAUUUUCCUGAAGACCAUCAUAAUCAGUCUGUUAGAACUGACACAGAAAUUUGGCCUGUGUAUGUGGAAUUAACCAAUGGAAAGAUCUAUGGCUGCGAUUUCAUUGUCAGUGCUACAGGAGUAACACCAAAUACAGAACCUUUUGUCAGUGGCAACAACUUUGAUCUAGGAGAAGAUGGUGGCUUGAAAGUGGACGAUCAUAUGCACACCUCCAUUUCUGACAUCUAUGCUGCAGGUGACAUCUGCACAGCCGCCUGGCAGCACAGCCCCUUCUGGCAGCAGAUGAGGCUGUGGACACAGGCCAGACAGAUGGGCUGGUACACAGCCAAGUGCAUGGCUGCAGAUGCUUCAGGACACUCUAUUGACAUGGAUUUCAGCUUCGAACUUUUUGCUCAUGUGACAAAAUUUUUUAACUAUAAGGUUGUGUUGCUGGGAAAAUACAAUGCACAAGGUUUGGGUUCAAAUCAUGAAUUAAUGCUGAGGUGUACCAAAGGACAAGAAUACGUUAAAGUCGUCAUGCAGAAUGGGCGAAUGAUGGGAGCUGUGUUAAUCGGUGAAACUGAUUUAGAAGAAACAUUUGAAAACUUAAUCUUAAACCAGAUGAAUCUGUCAUCAUAUGGAGAAGAUCUAUUAGAUCCAAAUAUUGAUAUAGAAGAUUAUUUUGACUAAAGUGGACAUUACAGGAAACACAAAA